UGAUACUACCACCCUUAUCAGAAUUUAGAAUGUCCCAGAUGAAAGUUCUGGAAAUAUGAUAGCUUCAAUUAAGCGCGCAGGCAAUUAAAUAGCAGAAAGAAGAAGAAGAAAAAAAAAAAGAUUCUAAUUCCAGUUUGAUAACCUAUUCGGGAUUUUCCCCUUUUACUUCAACGGAGAAGUUUACAUGUUUUAGUUUCAGUUCGUUGUUUAUUCAGUGGCUUUGUGACAGCCUGAUUCGGUCGUCAUUGAAGAUAGUGCACGCAGAAAUAAAUAAUUCUGUACUAAUCGUGAUAUUUUGUGUGAAAUUUGCUUUACAAAUAAUGGCUAUGAGACGUUGGGAUGGGCGAUUUCCAGCUGAAAUGGAUGAUGGUAGAUAUUGCACAUUUUAUUACCAAAUUCAACGUUCUUUAAAUUACAAUCGGGGGAGAAUAGAAGAAGCAAUGGAUGAAAUUGAAUCACAUUCUCGCAUUCGAUUUGAGCCAAGAAGAAAUCAGCGAUGUUACUUGACGCUAACUAAAAGAGAUGGGUGCUGGACCAAUGGCACAGGCGAUGACUGUCGACCACGUAUCUCUCUUGGAAUGGGCUGUACAGAUUUCGGGAUUAUACUCCACGAACUGCUCCACGCUAUUGGUUUUGAACACGAACAUAACAGACCAGAUAGAGGUGAUUACGUUAUAAUUAACUGGAGGAACAUAGAAGAUGGGCAAGAAAACCAAUUCAAGAAACUUAGACGAAAUCAAUAUGAGUGGAUGGAUUUCGAAAUCGACUUCGAAUCCAUUAUGAUGUAUAACAGCUAUGCGUUCUCAAGAAAUGGCGAAAUGACCAUUCAAGCAAGGGAUGGCGAAGAAAUAGAAGAAAACGAAGAGCUAUCUGAUACGGACAUAGAAAAAUUGAGACUUUUGUAAUCUUGAAAUUACAACAGUCUGUCUAGUAACAAGUAGAGAGUACAAUUACUUGUCUAUUUGCUAACAGUGAAAUUUGUGCAUUAUGAACUAAUUUGCGAAUAUGAUUAUUUUGUAUAUAUUAAUUUUAGUAUUUUCGAUUUGGAAAGAAAUUUUUUUUUUCUUUUUCUCAAAAGAUGGAGCUUAUUGUAAUCUGCAAUUGUACAAUUUAUGAAUAUGAGUGCAUUGUGAUUUUUUAU